AUGCUGCCCGCUUUCUUGAUCGUCUUCCUCCCCCUCUCCCUUACGCUGUCACCGGUCAAUGCUGGUAUCUGGCCAGCCCCCAAAAAACUCUCUACUGGCAAAAGUGUUCUUUUCAUAAGCCAAACACUGGAAAUCACAUACAAUGGGGGAUCUGUACGCUGGCUUCCCACUCCCAACCCCCCCGACAACGAGACACAGCAUACUGAGACCUUCUUUAACGUGCAGCUGCCCUACACUUAUGGCUACAACCCAGCUCCAGGAUCGACCUUCAAUAGCAAAGACAUCGUACAGGGUGGUGUUUCACGCGCCAUGGGCGCCAUCUUCCAGCAGAACUUUGUCCCAUGGAAGUUCCACAAGAAAAACAGCGAGUUCGAGCCGGACGUCUAUGCGACGGACAAGAAAUCGAUCAACUCGUUGCAGAUUACACAAACCGGCGAGGACAACCCAAACAAAUUCAAGCCAGCUGCCGGCGAGUUCGAUGAAUCGUACGCGUUGAAUGUUACGGUGGACGGCUCGGCUACACUCGUAGCCAAGUCUUCUACGGGCGUUCUGAGAGGGCUCGAGACGUUUGUUCAACUCUUCUACCAGCACACGUCGGGCACUUCCUGGUAUACCCCGCUGGCACCCGUUGCGAUCGAAGAUGCGCCAGAGUAUUCCCACCGUGGCAUUCUUAUCGAUGUGGCGCGAAACUUCUUUCCGGUACAAGACAUCAUGAGGGUUAUCGACGCCAUGUCUUGGAACAAACUCAAUCGAAUCCACAUCCAUGUCACGGACUCACAAUCAUGGCCACUCGACAUUCCUGCGAUGCCUGAUCUGUCUGCGAAGGGCGCCUACCGGAAGGGUUUAUCCUACACACCAGAGGACCUAGUGAAGAUCCAAGAAUAUGCAGUCCACCGUGGGAUCGAGCCGAUCAUCGAGAUCGACAUGCCAGGCCACAUAGGCUCUGUCUCUUUUGCAUACCCUGAGCUUAUUGUUGCCUACAAUGAGAAGCCAUACCACUGGUGGUGCGUGGAGCCGCCUUGCGGUGCCUUCAAAAUGAACGAUACCAGGGUUGAUGAUUUCUUGGACAAGCUGUUUGAUGACCUCCUGCCAAGAGUCAGCCCCUACUCGGCAUACUUCCACACUGGUGGCGAUGAGCUGAACAAGAACGACUCGAUGCUGGACGAGGGUAUCAGGUCUAACUCGAGCGAGGUCUUGCAGCCUCUUCUGCAGAAGUUCAUGGACAAGAACCACGCGCGAAUCCGCAAGCAUGGACUUGUACCGUUUGUAUGGGAAGAGAUGCCGCUCGAGUGGAACAUCACUCUUGGCAACGACGUGGUGAUCCAGUCAUGGUUGGGAGGCGACUCUGUCAAGACUUUGACAAGCAGAGGCCACAAAGUAAUCGACAGCAACUAUAACUACUGGUACGCCGACUGCGGCCGAGGACACUGGAUGAACUUCGACAAUGGGCUGGCAUUUGAAACCUUUUUCCCAUUUAACGACUGGUGCUCGCCGGCGAAGGGAUGGCGACUCAUGUAUGCUCACAACCCCAGGGCAAACCUGACCGAUGAGGAAGCAAAGCUCGUGCUUGGAGGCGAAGUGGCGGCUUGGAGUGAGUCGAUUGAUCCUAUUAGCAUCGACGGGAUUCUUUGGCCGAGGGCCAGUGCGGCCGGCGAGGUGUUGUGGUCGGGCAGGCAGGAUUCCUCGGGACGUAACAGAAGCCAGUACGACGCGGCGCCGAGACUGGCCGAGUUCAGGGAAAGAAUGGUUGCCAGAGGAGUGAGGUCGGAGCCAGUUCAGAUGACUUUCUGCACGCAGGGCGACGCGACCGAGUGCGGCUAUCCCAUGUAA